GCUUUUCAGGGUGAUAAUGUCUGCCGCUGUGGAUGAGAAGGAAUUGAAUGAUGUGACAGAAGAAGGCGCGAAAAAACUUUCUAAAAAAGAGCUGAACAAGUUAGCUAAGGCAGCCAAGAUAGCAGAAUUGAAAGCUCAGAAAGCAGCACAGAAUCAAUCGCAAACCAAGGAGAAUGAGGCUGAAGAUGUUUCAGUCGGGAUGUAUGGAAGUUAUGGUAUGAUACAGUCUGCUGACAAGAAGGACGUAGUCUUUACUACACUGAGCAAGAUCAGCGCGGAAAUUCAUGGUCAGGAGAUAUGGGUUAGAGGACGAGUGCACACCAUUCGAACGAAGGGUAAAACUUGUUUCUUGGUUCUUAGGCAACGUUUCUACACUGCUCAGGUUAUGCUUUUCGUGGGAGACAAGCUCAGUAAACAGAUGCUAAAGUUUGUGUCCAAUAUUCCGAAAGAAUCUAUCAUUGACGUUCAAGGGCGAGUUGAAAAAGUCGAGGAACAGAUCGAGUCGUGCACCCAGAAAGAUGCUGAACUUCAUGCCAUACAAGUGUUUGUCGUAUCAUCGGCUGAACCACGCUUGCCUUUACAAAUCGAAGAUGCUACACGACGUACCGAUAGUGCGGAUGGGUUGGCAGCAGUCAAUCUUGACACACGACUUGAUAAUCGGGUUCUUGACCUGCGAACAACAACGAAUCAGGCAAUUUUCGCGAUACAGGCUGGAGUUUGUAAACUCUUUCGUGACACCUUACGAGAGCGCGGAUUCGUCGAAAUACAUACUCCAAAGAUUAUCUCUGCUGCUAGUGAAGGUGGCGCUAAUGUUUUUGAGGUAUCUUACUUCAAAGGCUCGGCAUACCUUGCACAGUCUCCUCAGCUUUACAAGCAAAUGGCGAUUGCUGGAGAUUUUGAGAAGGUGUUCACCAUUGGUGCAGUGUUCCGUGCGGAAGACUCCAAUACUCACCGACACAUGACCGAAUUUGUUGGUCUGGAUUUGGAAAUGGCGUUUAACUUCCAUUAUCAUGAGGUGUUGGAAACCAUAGGAGCCGUUCUGAUCAAUGUUUUCAAAGGACUGCAGCAUGACUAUGCGGACGCCAUUGCUGCAGUAGGACGACAGUAUCCGGCGGAGCCUUUCCAGUUCUGCGAACCAGCGCUUGUUCUCAAGUAUCCUGAAGCUUUGAAAAUGCUGAGAGAGGAUGGUGUUGAGAUAGGCGAUGAAGAAGAUAUGAGUACACCUGUGGAGAAACAACUAGGACGCCUUGUGAAGCAAAAGUACAACACCGACUUCUACAUACUCGACAAAUUCCCUCUCGCAGUUCGUCCGUUUUACACCAUGCCCGAUCCACACGAUCCCAAAUACUCGAACAGCUACGAUAUGUUUAUGAGAGGUGAAGAAAUUUUGUCUGGAGCUCAGCGAAUUCACGACGCGGAGUUCUUGGUGGAACGAGCAAAGCACCAUAAGAUCGAACUGGAAAAGAUACAAGCUUACAUCGACUCGUUCAAGUAUGGUUGUCCUCCACAUGCGGGUGGUGGCAUUGGUCUCGAACGAGUCACAAUGCUGUUCCUUGGCUUGAACAACAUUCGCCUUGCAUCGAUGUUCCCUCGUGAUCCAAAGAGAAUUACACCCUGAGCACGCCAUUUCUGUUAUUGUUAAUUAACUUUCGCCCACUAUCAUCCCCGUAACCGGUAGAGAAAUGACUAAGUCUCCCUAGUAGUGAAACAGUUUUUCAGCUUUGGGUUUGCAAACAUGAGUCAUCCUAUUCUAUAAUUGGAAUUGUAAUAAAAUCGUUGUGACUGCA